AUGAGCGUGCUGACUGUUGAGCAGAUGAUGGACGAUCUUCAGGCGUGUGUUGCUGUGAGUGCGACUGCCGCUUCCACCACUGCUGCUGCCAUUCCGCCAUCAGCACCAUCAGGCGUUGAGUGGCUGCAAGCUCAGGCUGCCGACGUCGACGGAGCACGCGAGGACGUUCUCUUCCGCCUGCUGGCUUCGUGCUGCCACUGCCACUGCCACUGCCGUCGCCAUCGCCGAGCGGAUUGCGCUGCAGCAGGCCAAGCUGAGCGCGCCAUCUCGGCCGCGAGCAGCCCGAGUCCCGAGGGCCCCGCUGUGGGCGCCCCAUCCUCGCCGCCGUUGCCAUUGCCAAUGACGGCGGACACAGGGCUGCGACAGCAGAGCACAACGGACGCGCCGGUUGCGGGUGGCGCUCGGCUUGGCCCGGUCGAUCCGGCUGCGAAACGAGCACUCUACCAGCAAGCAUUCGACCUGUGCGUCGACUUUCUGGGCGUUCACGCUGCAGUUCAAGCAGCUGCUACAGAAAUGCUGCCGCAGAUGAGCGCGACGGUGGAGAAGCUCAAGGUUGAGGUCAGCGCUGCGAUUGCUGGGCUUUCUGCAGUGCUCGAGUCGGAUCAGAACAACGUCAAGGUUUGA